UCCCUCCUCUCUGUCCCUCCUCUCUCAUGUCUCCCCGGGUCUCUUCACGACACUAACGACUCAAACCAUCCGCUGCUCUGAGCUUCUCUCCCCGCUGCUCUCGGUGACUCUCCCCCAGGAACACACCAUGUCCCGGGCCUGGUUGAAAGCGGCGGCGCUGCUCUGGCUCGUCCCCGGGUGCCUGGGAGCCGCGGCCCGGCUGUACACGGAGGAGGACCCGCUGGUGAUCCUGAGCAGCAGCAGCAUGAAGCCCGCUGUCACCAACUCGUCCUCGGCCUGGCUGGUCCAGUUCUACUCGUCGUGGUGCGGACACUGUGUCCAGUUCUCCGGCUCCUGGAAGAGUCUGGCUCUGGACGUCAAAGGUUCACACUCACUCACCAGACUCCAUUGGAAACAUGAUGAUUUGGACCUGCUGCAGUUCUCAGGUGUGGAGGUCAAGAGAGCUCUCAGCACUGAUCUCCCCCUGCUGGACGCUCUGAAGAUCACAACCUUUCCCUCCAUCUACCUGCUGCAGCCCAACGGAACACACACACACCUGCACGUUGAGAGGCGUCUGCGUUUCUUCUUCUCCUCUCUGCUGAAGACGUUACCUGGAGUUCAGCGCAGGUUGAAGUCAGACGGCAGCAGUUCCAGUGUUGGCCAGAUGGGGGCACCAGCAGACAGACAGAGCACAGAGCCGUGGAGAGACUUCAGCAGGUCGACGGUGUACUCAGCUGAUCUGGAGUCAUCUCUACACUAUCUGCUGAGAGUUGAACUGGCUACCCAUAAUUCCCUAGAGGGGGAGGAGCUGAAGAUUUUCAAGGACUUUGUCACUUUGGUUGCUAAGUUGUAUCCUGGUCGGGGUUCGGUGGUGAAGCUGAUGGAGACUCUAUCUGAUUGGCUGCUCAGUUUACCGCUGCAGCGAAUCCCCUACCAAGCCGUCCUGGACUUGGUGGACAACAAGAUGAGGAUCUCAGGCGUGUUCUUGGGGGCGGAGCUUCGAUGGGUUGGUUGUCAGGGCAGUAGGCCGGGGCUACGAGGUUACCCGUGUUCCCUGUGGACUCUUUUUCACGUUCUGACUGUCCAACACGAUGCCACGCCCACUGCUCUGGAGAACACAGGUCUGGAGAGUGAGGCGGCACCGGUGCUGCAGGUGAUGCGUCGGUACAUCAGGACGUUCUUUGGCUGUGAGACGUGCGGCCGACACUUUGAGCAGGCGGCGUCAAUCAGUCUGGACGCAGUGACGAGCAGAGAGCAGCAAAUCCUGUGGCUGUGGAACCAACACAACAUGGUCAACGACAGACUGGCAGGCUCUCUGAGUGACGACCCCCUCUUCCCUAAAGCUCCGUGGCCAAGCCCCGCCCUCUGCGCCUCCUGUCACGAGGAGAAAAACGGCGUCCAUGUCUGGAACCAGGACAACGUCCUCCGCUUCCUUCGACGUCACUAUGGCACCUCUAACCUGUCCCCCAAAUACACCCUGACCCCCCCACGGCUUCCGACCGCUCAGCCACAGGAUGAGCGCCGAGACGGAGAUGGGAAGGAGGAGGAGGCUGGACCCGCACAGGACAGGAGCGAGGAGAAAGGCGACACGAAGGGGGGAGGCGGGAGAGGAGGGGGAAUGUGGAUCCUGGGUCUGGGCUUCAACAGCGUCGACAUGAGUCUGUGUGUCGUCCUCUACGUCUGCUCCUGCCUCUUUCUCAUGCUGCUCUUCUUCUUCUUCAAAGUUCGCUCCAGGAGGAGGAAGCUUCGACACUCCCGCCCCCACGUCUGACCCGAACCAGAUCCGUCCAGACCAGACCGGACUUGGUUUAGACAGACCCAUACAGGUUUAAUGCAGGGUCAGUUCAAGUCUGGAAGUUCAGAGUGUCUCUGAAAACGAACCUCUGCUUUAAACGUGAAGUCAACAUUAAAGUUUCAGACUGAACUGGACCUGGGCCCUGGUUCCUGGACCACUCUGGUGGUUGGAUGUUAGAGGAUCAGAUGUUGAACUGGGUCUGGACUUGUUGCACUUAAGGACUCAAUUUUAAACCUGGUCUGGACCCUAAGAUCUGGAUUCACGACACAAACCGGAUCCUGAGACCUGGUGUAUUUUUACCUGGACCCACAACUGUGAGGAAAAGGACUCGAUGAGAGAACGGACUGGUUCUUAGUUCACUUAAUGCCAAACUCACCUGUUCUGUGGCUCCGCCCCCUGUUGUAUGUGUGUGUGUGUGUCACUGUGAAACAUGGACCCAUCUUGAUGAAUGACUCUUGGUUUUAUUGAUCUGUUUACUUUUUGCUGCUGCAGGUUUUUGUUUUAGUGGAUUUGGCGCCACCUUGUGGUCAGUUAUUUUUAAAUGUAAAUAUUAAAAGUUUAGAUUUCACUGGAAAUGAAAUGAUGAACAUGAACAAGACGUUUAUUUUC